AUGGUGGAAGCCCAAUGCCUGGAGCAUCGGGCCUAUCGAGAGCAGAAAAGUUCGAGGAUGAAAAGCAACGGAUCGUUCAGAGCUGUUUCUCCAAGAAGGAGCCAGAUGGUUCCGGUAGGUCAUUCCCUGAGAGCCACGUUCGCCCGCGACUCCUACAUAUUCAUCGUGCAUUUUAUUUACAUCUUUUUGACAGUUGUCGAAUCAUAUAUCACGCAUAUUCGCGUCACCGAAGAUGGCGCCUAUCCAUCAAAUCCGCCACCGCCGACCUCUCCCCCGGAAAACAAGAAACCGAGAGUUAUCAUCGUUGCGGUGCGGAAAUCCGGAAGGGUACGAAUGCACAAGGCUCGAGAGAACGGCGACGGCUCAUUCUCCAUUGGUAAAACGUGGAUGUUAGACGACCUUGUUCGUAUCCAGACGUUCGAGAAUCUCGUACCCUCAAACCCAGUCGAGCAGCAACAAAAGCAAUGGGCGUCCAACAUCGGGUUUGUGGUGACGAUCACCAAGCCAUACUACUGGCAGUCAGAUACUCCAAAGGAGAGGGACUUCUUUAUUGGCAGUUUGGUUAAGAUCUAUAAAAAGUAUACUGGUGGUAAGCUACCAGCGUUGGUAGGCUUCGAUUCCCGGGAUAGGGAAAUACUUACCGGGAGCUCACCGGGCGGCCCCCUACCUCUCAAACCGCCAAAGAUUCCGGAAUCGGGUCCUGGUAGGCCAGAUCCACGGGUGCCUCGCUCGAGGUCCCCUUCCACUCAACGUACCAUACCGCAAUCACCACAUUCCAAUCGCGCUCCGAGUCGUGAUGGCCCUCGCGAAACCCGGAGGCAACCGUCUAGAGAACAGUUUAUGCGGCCUCAACCUAGCCAAGAGCAAAUGCAAAGAAUGCGACCUCCGUUCUCUCCUUCUCAACCUUUGCCAACCCCACCAUCAAGAGAUGGGCUCUCCGCCAAAGCCGGAGAGACCCCAACGCUUGCCGAAUAUUCCCCUCCAACUUCAUUCUCGGCUGAGUCAACCUCCAGGAAGCGAGCUGGGCAACUUCCCCCUGAUGGGAAAUCGAACCAAAUGGUAGACUUGCCAGUUAAGGUGCCACCGCCAAAUGAGACUGGCAGCAGUUCUCGCCCCGUCCCUCCAGCUGAAAGUGAACAGGCUGCUGCACGGGACAGGCUGCAACUUAACCUAGAUUUCGAUGGCGUAUCUCCGCUGGAAUCGCUAAAGCAGAGGCAAUCGCUGCAAAACAAAACGAGCGAUGGUUCACUAGCAAUGGUGAACCCUUCGCCGGGAGGCUCUAAGGGAAGUAUUGACCAGAGGAGUCUUCGGGCCGAUACUGAUGAUAAUUUCGUCACUCCCCUCUCUACCCCCGGCCCUCCACGGAUAGAGGUACGGCCUCAAUCAAGCGAAAGUGUCAAUUCCAAUAAAGGGUUCCACGCAGAGCCGUUAGCGACCUUGCCCAAAUCACGUGAAGUGGAUACUGCGCCUACUCUCCCUUCAAUUUCUGUUCCAGCGUUGGAUAUCGAACCGACACCAUCAGUCGCAGAUUCCGAUACGUCCCGCAGACGAGAGUCUGCGGAACCGGCUCCGCUACAGAUUGGCCUCAAAAAAUCCCCAGUGUCUCCUCCAGCAGAAGAAGAGGAAGGACACAGGCCUGGUCUCGGCCCGAUGGUUAAGAAAAAACCAGGGAAGGACCUUGCUAACACCUUCCGAAAGGCUGCUACAGCUUACGGUGCCUUUAAACCCAGAGCAGGGGGCGCGGCAGAACGACUAAUGGCAGCGAAGGACAAGUCUGGUAAUGAACCUGAUGGCAUUACGAGCGUUGUCCCGGCGCCGUCUUUACGCGCACAGCCUAAUGAAGCUGGACGGGGUAGCCCUGCAAACGAAGCUGCAGGAUCUCAGGAAAUUCCCAGACUUCAAGUCAAAAAGUCAUUUUCGGAAAAAAGAAGAUCCAUUGAAAGCAUGCCUCGGAGAAAGCAAGCUGUCUCGUCCACGCGUCAUCCAGAGCCACGAGAAGAUAAUAGUGUUCAAUACUGCGAUGCGCUUGGGAUCGAUUCUAGUUUUCUCCAGGGUAGGGGCAUAGACUUUGACCAUCUACUUACCGACUUGGGUUGGGAUGGUAAACUUAAAGAUGAUAAAACUGCCGACGAUUUUGAAGCCGAUAUUCGAAGAGAAAUCGGUAGGGUCCAGGCUAGUAGCUGGCUGGGCCAUCUCGAGUUUCAGGAAGACCAGGUGAAUGAGCUAGCGCGUCUCUUUGAUCGAACAAUUGAGGAAUGCGAGGAAUUGGACGGACUUUUGACAUUAUAUUCCCAUGAGCUCAGUACACUGACCGAUGACGUCGCAUAUAUUGAAGGCCAGGCAGAGGGCCUCCAGGUCAAGGUUUCAAACCAAAAACUGUUACAGGCGGAACUCCAGAGCUUACUCCAAGCCCCAGAGAGGGCCAAGUGA